AUGGCCACCUUCUCUGCAACUCUAGGCCCCUUCGGUGCCAUCUCCUUCCUCUCAUCUUCCCAAUCACAACAACCACUCGACUCUUCUUACUCUAUCCUCAACCCAUUCAUUUCCCUUAAAUACCCCCGCAAGUUCCCACUCUGCCACUGGCAUCGACAUUAUAAACACCACACCUCUAAAAUCUCAGUCUCUAGUAAUGGUAAUACUCAAAUCGAUGAACUCGACAGUACUCUUCUUCAACGCCCUCUUGUUCCUAACUCCGCGGAGGCCCUUCGCCUAGCUCGGAGAUCGUCAGAUUGGAAGGCUGCAACCGCAUACAGAGAUAGUAAGCUCGUUUACAACGGUAGGGUUGAGGGUUUUAAUGCCGGUGGCUUGCUCAUUCGGUUUUACUCUAUCAUGGGUUUUCUCCCAUUCCCUCUCUUGAGCCCAGUCCAUUCAUGUCAAGAACCAAGUAAAUCUAUUCAAGAUAUUGCGAAAGAAAAGAUCGGUUCCAUCUUAUCAGUAAAGGUAAUUACCGUAGAUGAGGAGAAAAGGAAAUUGGUCUUAUCUGAAAAGGAUGCUACCUGGUCUAAAUUUUCAAAAUAUAUCAACAUAGGGGACAUUUUUGAAGCAAGAGUUGGUUCUGUUGAGGACUUUGGUGCUUUUGCUUAUCUGCGCUUCCCUGACGGUCUUUAUCACAUUUCCGGGUUAAUACAUAUCUCAGAAGUGUCAUGGGAUCUAAUUCAAGAUGUAAGAGAUAUCUUAAAAGAAGGCGAAGAAGUGAGGGUCAAAGUUAUUAGUAUUGAUAGUGUAAGAUCGAGGCUUGCACUUUCAAUUAAACAGCUAGAAGAAGACCCACUUCUAGAAACUCUGGACAAAGUAAUACCUCAGGAUGGUUUAGCCAUUUCUGGUUCUCUCAGCCGUAGUAAUAGCAGUCGCAUUGAUCCCCUACCAGGGCUUGAUAUAAUUCUUGAGGAGCUACUGCAGGAAGAUGGCAUAUACGAUGCAAGAAUCAGUCGUCAGGGGUUUGAAAAACGAGUGGUCUCACAAGACUUGCAGCUUUGGCUUUCUAAUGCACCUCCCUUGGACCAAAGGUUUACUCUCCUUGCUCGAGCUGGAAGACAGGUGCAGGAAAUACUUCUGAAAACAUCACUUGAUCAGGAAGGCAUAAAAAAGGCAAUACAACGAGUAUUGGAGCGUGUUCCCUGA